ACCCUUCCAUCCGCUAUUUUUUAUGCUACUGAAUAAGGAAAGAUUUGCCAAUAUUUUUUUCUGCAAAACUCCCGCAACCUUGGCAUUUUCAAUUCCAAUACAGAGAAGAAGCCGUCGAGGAGAAGUAGUUAAUCGUUGAUGAGAUAGCUCCGGAGCCCAACGCCGGAAGCAAAAGAGAAGAUGUUGAAGUUCUUGUCGAAGGUGAAGAUCCAGUUCAAUGCCCUAGACCCACGCACAGCUUCAUGUAUGGAGUUUUUGGCUCAGUGUAAUGCUCCUAAAGCCAAAGAAUCUAAUCCAAGCUGUCAAGUACAGGUCAAGCGCCGUACAGAUGACCAACCACCUGAAAUCACUGUCACGUUCGUCAACGGAGUCGAGCAAACCUAUGACGCCACUUCUACACCCGCACAGAACAUCCGUACUAUGAUUCUUGAGAAGGGUCAGUAUCUUGAGACUGAACAGAUGUUUCGUGAAGCUGGUGAGAAGUGGCCCGUUAUUAUUCCUGAUGAAGAGCUCCAACAACCAUUUCUUGGUAUAAAGCCAAAGAAGGCCGAAGAGAAGAAGCAGUGACCACAGCUACUCACAUUUAGCUUGUUGGAGCAUUUUCUCAGCAUUAGAUCAACUACAUGACAUUAGAGUUCUAAUUCAGAUAGAUGGAUCUUCAAAUAGGGGCAAAGCUAUCUAUCUUUCUUGUUUGAUGUAUGUUGACAAGAAUAUUAGAUUUGUACUAGAUCAUAAACAUGCUGUCCAUUCUGUUGUGAGACUUUGAAAUGUCUUUCCUAUUUCUUAUUUCUUCUAACUUUCUCCCUGCCAAAGAAUAAUAUUUCCUUCUUAAAGAUUUGAUUUCAUGUUGGAAUUGAUUCUGCUUAUACUGUAUCCAUAACCAUGGUAUGGGUAUUCAAGGGCCCUCUUUAAGUUUA